AUGGCGGUUUCUUCUAGAGGAGCCAGAGGUGGAUCUAACCUCCGUGGCUUCUUCUCUUACCGGAUCUUUAUCUCUGCUAUGUUCUCUCUCCUUUUCAUUGCAACUCUUUCAGUUCUCUUCACCACAAAUCCAUCCGCCGAGAAUGAUAACUCUGAUCUUCCUACUACUGGUAAUGCAUAUGUGCAUAGAACAUUUUUGGCAUUGAAAUCUGAUCCUCUUAGGACAAGAGUUGAUUUGAUACAUCAACAAGCUAAGGAUCAUAUUUCGUUAGUGAAUGCUUAUGCUGCUUAUGCUAGGAAGCUUAAGCUUGAUAUUUCUAGGCAGCUGAAGAUGUUUGAUGAAUUGGCUGGGAAUUUUUCGGAUAUUUCUUUGAAACCGACUUACCGAACGUCGUUGUUUGAGUCGGAUAGUCCGAUUGACGAGGAUGUGUUGAAACAGUUUGAGAAGGAGGUUAAGGAUAGAGUGAAGAUUGCGAGGAUGAUGAUUGUUGAGGCGAAAGAGAAUUAUGAUACUCAGUUAAAGAUUCAGAAGUUGAAGGAUACUAUAUUUGCUGUUAAUGAGUCGCUUGCUAAGGCAAAGAAGAACGGUGCGUUGGCUAGCUUGAUUUCUGCGAAAUCGGUUCCUAAGAGUUUGCAUUGUUUGGCGAUGAGGUUGAUGGGUGAGAAGAUUUCGAACCCAGAGAAGUAUAGAGAUGAGAAUCCUAGGCCGGAGUUUGAAGAUCCAAGUUUGUAUCAUUAUGCAAUAUUCUCCGACAACGUGAUUGCUGUGUCGGUGGUGGUGAGAUCUGUUGUGAAGAAUGCAGCUGAGCCAUGGAAACAUGUUUUUCAUGUUGUUACAAACAGGAUGAAUGUUGCGGCAAUGAAGGUUUGGUUUAAAAUGAGGCCAGUUGAAGGGGGUGCGUUUUUAGAGAUAAAGUCGGUAGACGAAUUCACGUUUUUGAAUUCAUCGUAUGUACCAGUGUUGAGGCAAGUUGAGUCAGCGAAAAUACAUCAGCAUUACAUUGAGAAUCAAGCUGAUAAGGUCGCAAAUGACGCACGUGACUCGAAACUUAGAAACGCCAAGUACCUGUCGAUGUUGGAUUACCUUCAGUUUUAUUUGCCAGAGAUGUACCCUAAAUUGCACAAUAUCUUGCUUUUAGACGACGAUGUUGUGGUGCAAAAAGACUUGACAGGUUUGUGGAAGAUUGAUUUGGAAGGAAAGGUGAACGGUGCUGUUGAGAUUUGUUUCGGUUCUUUCCACAGAUAUUCACAUUACGUGAAUUUCUCUCACCCAUUAAUCAAGGAGACCUUCAAUCCGAAAGCUUGUGCUUGGACUUAUGGUAUGAAUAUAUUUGAUCUUGAUGCUUGGAGGCGGGAAAAAUGCACCGAACAUUACCAUUACUGGCAGAACAAGAACGAAGAUCAGUCGAUAUGGAAAUCAGGGACAUCAGGGACGCUUGCACCUGGUUUGAUUACCUUUUACUCCACAACCAAGUCACUAGACAAAUCAUGGCAUGUUCUUGGAUUAGGAUACAAUCCUAGCAUCAGCAUGGACGAAAUCAACAACGCUGCAGUCAUUCAUUACAACGGAAACAUGAAACCUUGGCUUGAUAUUGCUCUAAAUCAAUACAAAAACCUCUGGACCAAAUAUGUGGACAGUGAUAUGGAGUUUGUCCAGAUGUGCAAUUUUGGCUUAUAG